ACUUGUUCUGUCUUAACUUCAAAGCGCAGAGGUUAGUUUGGCGAGUGACAGAGCUGUUAUUUAAGAGAUAGUACAUUUUCGUUUAAAAAAUGUGUGAAAACGUGGAUUACUCGAGUCCGUAUGCGAAUUAUAGAUCGCCGCUGAGCACGAGAUAUGCCAGCAAAGAAAUGCAAUACAAUUUUAGCGAUCAAAAGAAAUUUUCAACGUGGAGAAAACUGUGGAUCAACUUGGCGAAAGCCGAAAAGGAAUUGGGUUUAGAUAUAACCGAUGAGCAAAUCAAGGAAAUGGAAUUUCACAUCCACAACAUAGAUUUCACGGCAGCGGCCGAAGAGGAAAAAUUAACGAGACAUGACGUGAUGGCUCACGUGCAUGUUUUUGCCAAACAGUGCCCCAAGGCUGCGCCCAUCAUUCAUUUAGGCGCAACCUCUUGCUUCGUCGGAGAUAAUACGGAUCUUAUUAUUUUACGGGACGGUUUAGAUUUACUUUUGCCCAGAGUUGCUGCCGUCAUCAGUAAUUUGAGCAAUUUUUGCAAAGAGUACAAAUCUGUCCCUGCUUUGGGAUUUACCCACUUACAACCGGCCCAAUUGACUACAGUAGGAAAACGAGCUACAUUAUGGCUAUUCGAUUUCCUGAUGGACGAACGCGCCAUAAGGAGAGCAAGAGAUGAUUUGCGUUUCAGAGGUGCGAAAGGAACAACCGGAACUCAGGCUUCCUUCAUGGCCCUUCUCGAUGGCGACAGUCAGAAAGUGAGGAAAUUGGAUAAAAGAGUUUCAGAGCUUUGCGGCUUCGACAAAACGUAUCCGGUUACGGGUCAAACGUACACUCGCAAAGUUGAUGUUGAAAUAGUCGGAUGUUUGUCCUCGUUAGGUUCUACCAUUCAUAAAAUGUGCUCGGACCUUAGACUCUUGGCGAAUAUGAAAGAGAUCGAGGAGCCGUUCGAAACAAGUCAAAUUGGAAGCUCGGCAAUGCCCUACAAAAGGAACCCAAUGAGAUCCGAGAGGUGUUGCGCUUUAGCUAGACAUUUAAUGGCCCUUUAUUCAAAUGCCACCAACACGCAUUCAGUUCAAUGGUUGGAAAGAACAUUAGACGAUUCGGCAAAUAAACGUUUAACUUUAUCCGAAGCGUUUUUGGGCGCUGAUGCCGCGCUUAUGGUUCUCACAAAUAUCACUCAAGGUUUAGUUGUUUAUCCUAAAGUUAUCGAAAGGCGAAUCAAUCAGGAAUUACCGUUCAUGUCGGCCGAAAAUUUAAUUAUGGCCAUGGUGAAAAAAGGUGGAGACCGUCAAGUCUGCCACGAAAAAAUUCGUGUGUUAUCUCAGGAAGCUGGAGCACAAGUUAAACAAUAUGGAAAAGACAAUGAUUUUUUGGAUAGAGUUAGGGCUGAUGAAUAUUUCAGGCCAAUUUUGGGCGAGAUUGAUACUCUUUUAAAUCCUUCAACCUAUAUCGGACGGGCUGUUGAACAAGUCGACGAAUUUCUAGAGGAGGAAGUAGAACCUGUUUUGAAAUUAUACAAAACCAUAUUGGAAUCUCAAAAUAAACCUGUUACCUUAAAUAUAUAAAUGAAAAUUGUUUAAUUGUUUGUAUGUAAUAAAGUUUUAUACUGUUAUCAAA